UCAAUAACUAAGCGAAAAGUGAAAAGUGCAUAAAAAGUGCAAAGAAUAAAACAAAAAAUAAAAUAAAAGAAAAUGUCAAUUUCCUGCACAAUGGUGGCACCAAUGGGCUCGCUGGCCGAGAAACUAAACAUAGCAAGCUGUAGGCCGCGACCGCUGGGCGCGAACAGCGCCAGACGCAAUCUAUUCAAUGUGGAUCCCGACGAGGUUAGCCGAAAAACUGAGGAGAAUAUGAACGAGCUGCAUCAAUACAACAAGACAUUGCUAAAAGUGCGCUACAACAUUGAUCCCAAACAGUUGGAGAAUCCUGUCGAGAACUCAGCGCCUGCGCCAAAACAGAUCAACAACCACAACAGUGACUGCAAAACAGAAACAACACCCUACGAGCGUCUAAGCGGCAUCAAAGGCUGUUAUCGUAUACGCAAAGCCAACAUUAAAAAUUCAAAUGUGCCAAAACCGUCAAGUCAACAAAAGAACAACAACAAUGACGACAACAAGAAAAACAACAACACAAACAUUGUUGUUAGCCAUAAUAUCGAAGCGGAUAAGGACAGCAAGCAGCAGCAGCAGCAAAAGGACUAAAAGCGGCAAUAUAAAUAUAAAUAAUUUUAUUAUUUUUUAUGUGUAUAUUUUGUUUUUAACAAAAACCCCCACUGACUUGACUGUCAAAAUGUUGUACAAAAACAUUUUUUGCAAGGCCAAAGGGUAUAAAUACAAAAAAAUAUUAAAAAAAAAAGCAAAAAAAAAAAAAACAAAGACACACCCACUCACAGCAAAAAAAAAAAAACUGACGACGCGUGCAUAAAGUCAAACAUCAUAAUAUUAAUGCGGAUGCCCCUCUGAUGUGAUUAUACAAAUCAUUUUCUAUAUAUGAAAUUGGCAAUACGUAAUUUUAAAUGCAAAUGCAAAACGUUUUUUUCUUAACUA